AUGUCUGACAGUAAUAUGUGUUUUAUAUGUGAUUCUAAUGGAUGCCUUUUAUUACAAACAGUUCGGUCGAAUUUAUCAUUAUUUAAUGUUAGUUGUCAUUCCGAUGUGGAUGAUGAAUCCUUUUGUAAUGAGAUAACAAGCGAAUAUUCUCCAAUUAAUACUUUAAGACGAAAUUUUGUUAGUUCAAUGACAGUUAACAAUAGUCAUUACGAUAUCAAUUAUAAUUUUGUUUUAAAAUCGUCGAAUGAAUUAGCAAAUAGUAACGAUCAACAAGAAAAUAGUCUACGAAGAUGGAAGGGUCAACAAUUGUAUGAUAAAUAUUUAUAA